AUGGAGCAGGGGGACGGGACCGCGACGAAGGUUCCAGGAAAGAGGCUUGUGAGGCGAAUAGAGAGCAGCGACCCGUUGGCACUGUUGAAGGCGGUCGUGCCCUUGCAGGUGCUCCUGGGAGCGGGCAUGCUGACUGCACUCAUCCUCCCCCGCCCCCUCGCGCUCGCACUCACUGCUGCCGCCCUCCUGCCGCCCAUUCUGCGCACUGCGCUGCACAGCUGGCGCUGGAGUCGCGCUAGGAAGGGCGUUCCUGGGGGAGGUACAUCUGGGGGAAAGGGGGAGUGGGGGGAGAAGGGAGAAGGGAAGGCGGAGGGGAAGGGGGAGGGGAUUAAGAGGGACGUAGGAGCUGAGAGGGAGGGGCUUCUGGGGGAGGUGCUAUUUGAGGCAGAUAAGACAAUGGCGAAUGGCAAGGAGAACGGAGUCGGUGGGCGGCACAAGGCGGCAGCUUCUGGAAACUUGCUUUCAGUGAACGGGGUGGAUAUCUUCCAGGGCCGGAUGGCCGGCAAGAUGGACGGCGACUUUUGUCUGUUUCUGAUUGGAGCAAGAGCCAACAACCCCUUCCCGAUGGGCCCGUCCUUUGCUUCGGUUGGGGAGGUCUUCGGGCAAGCUGUGAGGGAGCUGGAGCAGGAAAACGACAAGUUCGGGUACCUGGGGGGAGACCAGUAUGUGGGCACGGACGUGACACAACCUCGUGCACGGAUCCGCAUGGAAGCGAAUGACUCAGCUGCUGAGAGACGGCCCUGA